CAGUCAUAAUGACGCAUACUUCCUAAACUGCUUCUAGAAACCGUGUAGCAAGGCAAAUGUGGAAUUGAAGAAACGAAAUCACGAUUCAAUCUUGAACGAUGAAUGGGAAGCGGGAGACCUGGGUGGGCCAGGCCGCGGAGAGUAAAGGGAAAGCCCGGCCGGGUCUGUGCGGCUGGGGGGCCACCAGGCGGCGGGCUGAGAGUGCAGGCAGAAAUUCCCGGGCCGGCGCGGCGACCUAGAGCCCCAGUUCUUCUUCCACCAGACAGCGGCCGGGAGACAACGGUCCUUUGGUACUCCAUGGACGUCAGCAUGUCUGCUGUGUGCACUACACUCGAAUACAGUGAAGCGAGCAGUCUAUCAGAAAAACGUUGGUUAAAAUUAUCCCGGCGGGCGGUGCCAGCGGGCGAAAGCCGGAAGAGACGCCCUGACCACUCUCCAAUAAGCCGGCUCCUCUCCUCCGCCGCCUCCCGCAGCCGUGGGCACUGGCCAUGCCAGGUCACACUCAGGAUCGCAGUGCUGGACUGCAGUGAAGCGCGGGCCAAGGGACGCUAUCACCCAGCACCAGCCCGCGACCUCGGCGACCUCGGGUCGACCCCGGGCCGGAAGUGACGCAACUGCACUGAGCACUUCCGGAGCUGCGGAGACGGCUCCACCGGAGGAAGGAGCGCGGGCCUUGACCGGCGUCGGCCCGUAGUCUCCGCCGCCGCCUCUGCGCCUGUGUCUGAAACCUCUGGCCCGGCCGGACCCGGUCUAGUCCGCCCGGGCUCAGCGGCCGCGGGCUGCGGCUCCCGAUGGAAAUUAUAUGACAGACUAUUUGGGGUGACAUCUUGAAAGAUCUUCAAGAAUUGCAGAAGACAAAAAACACUAAUGCAUUUGAGAAAGUGGUAAAGUUUGGGGGGAGGGGAAAAAGCUGCUUUCCUGAUCUGCAACUUGGCUGGAUGCUAAGAUGUCUGUGGACAUGAAUAGCCAGGGGUCUGACAGCAAUGAAGAGGACUAUGACCCAAAUUGUGAGGAGGAAGAAGAGGAUGAGGACCCUGGGGACAUAGAGGACUAUUACGUCGGAGUAGCCAGCGAUGUGGAGCAGCAGGGGGCCGAUGCCUUUGAUCCUGAGGAGUACCAGUUUACCUGCUUGACCUACAAGGAAUCUGAGGGUGCCCUCAAUGAACACAUGACCAGCUUAGCCUCUGUCCUAAAGGUAUCUCAUUCAGUUGCUAAACUUAUAUUAGUUAAUUUCCACUGGCAAGUUGCAGAGAUAUUGGACAGAUACAAGUCUAACUCUGCUCAGCUGCUCGUCGAGGCUCGAGUUCAGCCUAGUCCCUCAAAACAUGUUCCCACGGCCCACCCCCCUCACCACUGCGCAGUGUGUAUGCAGUUUGUGCGCAAGGAAAACCUACUUUCUCUGGCCUGUCAGCACCAGUUUUGCCGUAGCUGCUGGGAGCAGCACUGCUCAGUACUUGUCAAGGACGGCGUGGGUGUGGGAGUCUCUUGCAUGGCUCAGGACUGUCCACUCCGAACACCAGAGGACUUUGUGUUUCCAUUGCUGCCCAAUGAAGAAUUGAGAGACAAAUACAGGCGCUACCUCUUUAGGGACUACGUGGAGAGUCAUUACCAGCUCCAGCUGUGCCCUGGUGCAGACUGCCCCAUGGUUAUUCGGGUACAGGAGCCUAGAGCUCGCCGAGUACAGUGCAAUCGGUGCAACGAGGUGUUCUGUUUCAAGUGUCGUCAGAUGUAUCACGCCCCCACAGACUGCGCCACAAUCCGGAAAUGGCUCACGAAGUGUGCAGACGACUCUGAAACAGCCAACUACAUUAGUGCUCACACUAAAGACUGUCCCAAGUGCAACAUCUGCAUUGAGAAGAACGGAGGCUGCAACCACAUGCAAUGCUCCAAGUGUAAACACGACUUCUGCUGGAUGUGUCUAGGAGAUUGGAAGACCCAUGGCAGCGAGUAUUAUGAGUGCAGUCGGUACAAGGAGAACCCCGACAUUGUCAACCAGAGCCAGCAGGCACAGGCCAGGGAGGCCCUCAAGAAGUACUUGUUCUACUUUGAGAGGUGGGAAAACCACAACAAGAGCUUGCAGCUGGAGGCACAGACCUAUCAGCGGAUUCAUGAGAAGAUUCAGGAGAGAGUCAUGAAUAAUCUGGGGACGUGGAUCGACUGGCAGUACCUACAGAAUGCUGCCAAGCUCUUGGCCAAGUGCCGGUACACCCUGCAGUACACUUACCCAUAUGCCUACUACAUGGAAUCUGGACCCAGGAAGAAGCUGUUUGAAUACCAGCAGGCUCAGCUGGAGGCUGAGAUCGAGAACCUGUCAUGGAAGGUGGAGCGCGCAGACAGCUAUGACAGAGGGGACUUAGAGAACCAGAUGCACAUAGCAGAGCAGCGGAGGAGAACCCUGCUGAAGGACUUCCAUGACACCUAGACUGGGACACGGACGCGCAGGAGUGAGGACGAUGUGGCUGCGAGGCCUCCCGGCUGCCGAACUGCAUGCUGCAGGCUCUGCCUUUCACCACCUCAGGCAACAGCCCGGGCCCCACUCCUAACAGACACUGGCCACACACAGUCCAUUUCUGUUUUCUUCUCAUCUUUUCGCUUUUUGUUUCUACCAGGGUAGAGGCCAUGUUGAAUUGGCCUCUUUUCAGGACUUUUAAUUCCCCCUGGAUGGUUGUUGGGAGGGAGGGAAAGUUUUUUCUGAAUGACUAUUAAUAGUAUUAGAUCAUUACAACUUAUGUAAUUUUCAAAGGUUGUAUAAUUAUACAAAAAAAAAAAAAGACAAACCAUAGAAUUACACAGAACCCUUUUUAAAAAUAAAUUGGCAUUGGAGUGUUUUACCCUCUAGCUAUUUUACUUAGAAUGUAACAUGCUGCCUGCCCACCCUGCCUCAGAAUGUCUCCAGCAAGAGGGCCCCAGGGUGGUCUCUGUUUUCCAGAUUCUCCUGUGUUUGGCCACAACUGGUGUCUCAAGGGAAAAGCGUGGGUGGCAGACGGUGGGGAAUUGAGUUGGCCUAUGUAACAGGCAUGGAGCGCAGGGAAUCACAUCAUGCCUUCUGCCUGGUCCUUGGGGACCCUUUGUGGUCAGGUGUACCUGCCUUACCCUGCAGUGAGGAGAUAAUACAGAAAGGGGCCUUGUCAUAGGGUGUCAUCAUCUCCGAUGGCGUUGUGUGUGGCCUCAUCUUUCUUCCAGGUUUCUUUGGGUCUGGCCACUGAGGCCAGAGACCAUAACGGUAUAGGUGGGGACAUGAGUUCAGCACAGUGUUUCCUCUUGUCUCCUAAAGAUCGAGAUCUACUUUUAAAAGCAAUUAUUCCCCAAAAUAAGUUCAUUUUACCUUGGUCCUUUCUUUUGUGCCAGUGUUCCAGUGAUAUAACUAACCAGGUUCACACACGGCUGUGCGUACCUGACGCUGUGCUGCUACACUGUCUCUGGUGCACUUCAGGGUCAGAGUUCAGCAUGGCUCACCCAAGGGCACAGGUCUUCCGGACUCAGGGGCCUUGUUUGCACAAGUGCUUUUCAUGUUAUCAGGAGUGUGUUCUCCUCCUCCAGAGUGGCUUCUCAGGGGUCUGGAAGUCUGAGGCCAGGAGGGUCCUGGAUUUGUGGUCCCAGCUACUAUGCUGGAAGGGCUGGCCAGGGGAGACGGCCAGCUUCAGCACAGUUGAGUGCAAAGGAACAGGUGGUUGGUGUGGUGUCCUGCCUGUCCUGAACCUGGUUCUUUGAGCCUUCUAAAUGUUACAUCUGUGAUACCUGGAGUUUUUGUGGCUUGGUUCAUUGCCCCCACUCUGAGGUGGGCAGAGCUGUCUGUACUCGACAGGGCCUCCUUCACCUCCUGGAACAGUUGCUUGGGAGGUCUGUGAAUAUUCCAGAGAAGUCCCUUGAUACUCAGACAUUCUCACCUCAGUCAGCAGUUUCCCAGGGACCAUGUUAGCUGUAAACUGAAUCACUCUUGAAGACAGAGGGCAGCUAUAAUUCUUGGGAUCAUGGGAUACACGGCUGGCUGCAGGCUCCUUGUCUCCCCUCCAGUCCCAACCCAGGCUUUGUCUCUUCCUGUCCUCCUCAAGGGAGGGACUGUGGGGUGGAGUAGGAGAACAAGUUAGGAGUGCAGCACAUGAGCCCAGAAUUGAAUGGCGGGGAGCUCACUGAAGGAGGAGCGGGCCUGCUACAGGACCUGGGGCUGGGUGUCUGUGCUGCCCACUCCGUCGGGUCCUUCCUGUGUCACCGCCAUGCAGAGGCGUUGCAGCUCUGUGCCUUAUGUCACACCCUGGACAUCCUGGGCAGUUCUUGGCCUGCACAGCUACCACAUGGUGCACUGGUAUCCAGACUAUAGUCUGCAGCCCCUGACUUGUGGAGAGCUUCCGUUUGUGCCCCCAGGGGCUGUCCUUGGCCAACAUCAUCAGGAAGAUGGGAAAGGUCAGGCAGAAUUGUUCUGCCCUACAAAGGAUAGAAGAUAAAGGAAGGCAUAGUGUUUUCAUGAAUUUACCAUAAUAUCUUUGUUUUCUUCAAAGAAAAAGUUGAGGCAACGUCAUCUGCUCAAUGUUGAGUGGUUUAUUCAAAAUAAAGUUUCUGAUUAUAAAA